AUGUCCUCCGCGAAAGAUUUCAGCGUGGAGAAGGACGGGGAGGUUGUGUCCUCUGCCCCUGCGGCCGAGGCGGGCACCGCGGCGUCUGCAUCCGUGGACCACGGCGUCGAGUCCAGCUCGGAUGAGUCCCUCGAUGACAGCUACCAGGUAUUCAAGGCGACCGAGGACCUCCAGGUCGACCCGGCAGAGGCGAAGCGCGUGGUGCGGAAAAUUGACUGGAGGGUGGUUCCUGUGUUGUUCAUCACAUACAUGCUGCAGUACCUGGACAAGAAUUCCUUGAACUUCGCCAGUGUGUAUGGGCUCAAGAAGGGAACAAACCUGCACGGGCAGGACUACUCAUGGCUAGGAUCCAUCUUCUACUUCGGCUACCUCGUCGCACAAUUCCCAUCAUCGUUCGCGCUCCAGGCCUUUCCGAUCGGCAAGUUCGUCAGCAUCAUCACUGUGCUAUGGGGUGCGAUUUUGAUGACGACGCCGGCAUGCACAUCGUUCGCGGGCAUCGCGACGAACCGCUUCCUGCUGGGUUUCUUCGAGGCGGCCAUCAACCCGGCUUUCGUGUUAAUCAUGAGCAUCUGGUACACAUCCGAGGAGCAGCCGCUGCGGCUCGAGGCGUACUACUGCACCAACGGCAUCGCGACCAUGUUCGGCGGGCUGAUCGGCUACGCCGUGGGCCACAUCACCACGGGAAUCGCGAAGUGGAUGUAUGUCUUCAUCAUCUUCGGCUCGCUCAGCGUCUUCUGGGGCUUCGUCAGCCUCAUCGUCCUGCCGGACCUGCCGUCCACCGCCAGGUUCCUGGACGAGCGCGAGAAGGCCAUCGCCGUCGACCGCGUCGCCCGCAACAAGCAGGGCGUCAAGAACCGUCACUUCCGCAAGUACCAGGCCGUGCAGUGCGCAAAAGAUCCCAAGACGUGGAUCCUGUUCGUCCUGGCUGUCGCCGCGCAGGUGCCCAACGCCGCCAUCACCAGCUUCACGAGCAUUAUUAUCAACUCCUUCGGCUUCGACACCCUUGGCUCGCAGUACUUGCAGAUUCCUGGCGGUGCGGUGCAGUUCCUGGCUCUCAUUAUUGGCGGGUGGAUUUGUACCAAAUGGCCACAGACUCGAUGUAUUACAAUGAUCGUGGCCAACACGAUCUGUAUUAUCGGUGCGGCUCUGCUCGUUGGGCUGCCGGAUGACAACAAGUGGGGACGUCUUGUCGCACUCUGGCUGUGCUACUUCCAAGGGCUGGGAUUCAGCAUGUCGCUGACGAUGAUCUCAUCCAACGUCGCGGGCAGCACCAAGAAGCAGCUGACCGCUGCGAUACUGUUCACUGGUUAUUGCAUUGGCAACAUCAUCGGGCCACAGACCUUUAUUGACAGUGAAGCUCCCGGAUAUCAUAGUGCAUAUAUUGCCAUGUUGGUCGGGUAUACGAUCAAGCUGCUGUCGGUGGUGGUGCUGUACAUUUACAUGUGGCGGGUGAACAAGGCGAGAGACGCGGCCGGGCACACCAAUGACCGGGCUGCGAUCGAGAGGGGGAUGCACGACGAGACUGAGCUGGAUAAUCCUGGGUUCAGAUACUCGCUCUGA